CUCGAAGGCGUUGACCCAACCAUAUACCUUGUCUCUUCGUGUGGAAUUAUACACCGUGGCAGAGCAAAUGCGAACUGACMAAAAGYACGAAAAGUAGUCAAGUCUUGGUAUAUAUUUUUUUAUAAUGAAAGCYGCGCUUUUGGUGGCAGUUUUAGGAAUUGUCCUUCAUUCUUCAGAAUCUCGAACUAAUGGAGGCUGGUCUAGAUGGUCAGACUGGAGUGGUUGUGCCCCAGGAGUCUGUUCAGGAAAUCAGCGAAUCAGAACCCGCACGUGUUCAAACCCAAUCCCUAGCGAUGACGGCGCAUAUUGUGUUGGAGAUAACGCUGAGCAAAAGGACUGCAUGAUCGAUGGAGGAUGGAGCGAGUGGUCUCAGUGGUCUCAAUGCGAUAACCCGUGUGGGGGUUCCUACGUCAAUCGCAGUCGAUCAUGUAGUAACCCUACCCCCACCCCAGACGGGAAAAACUGCAGCGGCGAGCUUCUACAGAAGAAACUGGAAUGCAUAUGGCCCUGCCCAUCUUAUCCUGUUGAUGGCCAAUGGAGUGAGUGGUCCAAAUGGUCAUCGUGUCCACGUGAAUGUGGUAUAUCUGGCGGUGCGAUGAUUUCGCGUAAGCGGCAGUGUAACAAUCCACCCGCAAUGAGUGGUGGGAAGCCUUGUUCUGGUAAAGCUACGGAAGCUCUUCGAUCCUGUUUCAAUCCCUGUCCAGUCAGUGGUGGAUUUACGUUAUGGAGUGCUUGGUCACGGUGUUCACAGACGUGUGGGACAGGGACGAAAAGACGUACUCGACAGUGCACAAACCCAAAACCAAUCCACGACGGAAAAAACUGCACAGGAGAUUACAACCAGAUGAGCAGCUGUAAAGUUGAGGAUUGUCCAGGUGCAGUUGAUGGUGGCUGGACUGUGUGGACGACAUGGUCAAGGUGCACGGAAUCACGUUACUGUCUACGUGGAGGGACRUCAAGGACAAGAAAAUGUACCAACCCACCACCCCAGAAUGGUGGCGACGAGUGCGGUGGUCUUGCGGUGGAAAAGAUUAAGUUAGAGUGCGAGGCUGAUGAGAAAUACUCAGUGAAGGGAACACAUGCCGGCAAGGUCCCACCUGAAGUCUAUAGUCGAUUUGCCUUCAUGAGGAGAGAGCUUGAGAAUGGAUGGUUUGGUAUUAAGAUGGAACCUGACGAGAUCGACCCUAAAAAGAAGUAUACUAAGGUUUGCUUUGAAAUAAUCGACCCUCUUCACAUCCUCAAAGUUGUUAACAACCAGGCAAAAUACUACAAUAGAACUAAAGCCCUGCCAGAGUGGAAAAAACCCGGCAUGUACGAGUUCGUUACAGGUAUUACUAUGACGAUGGAUACCGGUGCGUCAAACUAUUGGGAUAAACUGAAGAAAUAUGAAUUCCAGAUCGGGACCUCAGAGGAAUAUGUGCCUUACAAUCAUAUCAAAAUGACAAAUAAUAGGCUCACUUACUACACCGAGGGCAAUAAACAGACUUUCAAAGCAAAGGGAGAUUACAAAGUAGGAGAUGCAAUUUUUAAGACGGAGAUCUACAAGGACGUGAAUUCACUCGCUGCUUAUGCUAAAGGAACUGCUGCAAGCAUCAAAUUUCCAUCUUUAAUCAACUUUUUUGGUGUAUCGUCCAGUAUGGUGCCAGAUGUAAUUAAGAACGGACUGAAAAAAGCUGGUCUYUGGGAUUUCACCYUAUCACCAGCUUCCUUUGCGUACAAGCUUGCYAAGUGGGGCACGUUCCGAUUUACUUCAACUUUCAAUGCCGGUGGAGUGCCUGUUCACGCUGAAAUUCUUACAGGACUUAAGUUUAAUCGUGUUGCACUUGCUGUCGGCUUCUCGUUUGAUCGCGAAUCMUUUGGUGCAUUGGCAAAGAAGUUGUCUGACAUCAACAUCGACUUCUUGAACUCUCUUGGACUCGAGUUUGAGAUUGGCGUGGCGUUUAGUCCUCCCAAGACUCAAACUGUCCUGAUUGACAGUGAGACAGGUUUCUCCAAGGAACCACUGAAGAGCCAAAUUKUAYUAAGCGUACCUCAAGGACUAUUCAUUGGUGCUCAACUUGUUCUACCAAAGGACUGCAAAAACAAUAAGUUUUGUGAGAUUUGUAAGAAUAUUGUGGGACCAACUGCAAAGGCAUACAUCAAUGGGCUUAUAGAGUGGAAAAAAGUCACUGUUAGGGCUGGUUUUGCUAAUAUUCACCUUGGGGAAGGGUUUUACUUCCAUAAACUAGAACUCUAUGUCAUAGCCGACUGGAAUAGCACCGCAAAGACUAUCAAACUUGGGUUUAAAGCGGAAAUUAAAGUCCCAGUCAACGGAAAGAUAUACCGCGAUGGUAUCCUGGCACCAUCAAAUGAUUUAAUCUUGGGGGGUUCGAUUGAGUACAAUUUCCAGCAACAUGAAGUGUCUGGACAGCUUUACUUCCGGGGGAUGUGGAGACGAGCUUUCUUUAUCAAAUGGCUGUCRCUUGGAAACAUAAUUUUGGGGGUGACAUAUCAAGUAGGGGCRCCCGUGCCUAUAACAGGUAUAAAGUUUGGGAUGCGAGUGGAGUUUGGAUACGACUGUCUGAUACCAGCCGAUUUUGAAGUCGAUGGACACUGUUUUGGCGGUUCUGGKUAUGUCGGUGUGGGUAAACCACAAUUCAUUUAUGCUGAUAUAACAGCUUUGACAAUUGGAAAAGUCUGUCGUAUGAUAUCCARGACAAUCAAGCUUCCUGGUCCUGUUGAUCAAACUGGAUUUCCUGAAGGUGCAAUGGUAGCGUACUCAACUGAUGACGUCGAUCUUAGAGUAGCUGGGGGUCCUUAUAUCUACAAAGGAUUCGCCCUCAAAGGACGAGUCAACAUCUUUGGCUGGAGCAUAUUUGCUGAUAUCUUUAUAGCUGAGGAUAAACUUAAAAUUGAUCUUCAACCCGACCCAAUCAAGAUUGCGUCUAUUGCUAAACUUGUCCGCAGUCCAACAAAUGAUAAARAAGGUCCAUGGUUUUUCAUUGACGUCAGAAAAGAUCCAAUUUAYUGGGAUGUUUACAUCGAGGGAUACAUUGAUAUAUUCUCUAUUUCGGUGUACACCAGACUUAAUAUAACAAUGACUCAGAUGGAAUUGCUKGUUCAAGGAAACUUCUUGAAUCUCAUCAAAGCAGAAGUGUUUGUUGCAGCAGAGUAUGGUUUGAAGUUUUCUUUCGAUGGCGCGAAGUUUUACGUUCGAGUUGUGGUUGAUCUUUCUGGAAUUAAUGCGGCUCUCGAUGCUGCCGCAGAYGCAGUUAAAGGUGCUUUUGAAGCUGCUCAAAAGAAGCUCGGGGACGCGCGAAGGAAGGUUAUCAAUGCUAAAGAGGACUGUAAGAGAAAGAUGUCGCUGAAAUGCGAUCGAUGUAAGAAUUUGAAGUGUCAACAAGCAACGAGAAACUGCAAAGGCGCGUUGGAUAGGUUUGGAAAAUGGAUCGGAGGAGUCGUCAACGCAGCUGGUCAGUGGGUAGUGAAGACGGUUAAGAAAAUUGGAAAAGCAUUUAAGGCAGUUGGAAACUUCGUGAAGAAGAUCUUUAAGGGUUGGCGAAGAAAGAGAGAGCUACAAAACCAGCAGAACGAACUGUUUGCUUUACAUGUGAGAAAGCGACGUUUUAUCAGCAAACUGAUAUGCGAAGGCAUAGUUGGAGGUGGAUGCACCGCCAUAUCACAUCUAUGUGAGGGAACAUGCCAGGCUCUGAAUUAUAUCGGUAAAGGUCUCUGUAACAUACUCGAUGUUGCCAUUGGAUUCCUUAAGGGUAUUGAAGCUGUCUGUGGUUGGGUCAGUAAGGCUAUCCAGUUUGUUCUUACACAACUCUUCAGAAUACACAGNAUCAAGUUUGAGUUCGCUAUGGAAUCCUACAUAGGUGGCUUAUUCAAGAGCAUGGUCUUCAACGCAGCCGUUGAUUUGACCAUAUUUGGUAAACGUCUUUACCUCGCGCUCGGCUUCUCAUUGACCAACCCUAUUGAGAGUUUACGMGGAGGAAGUAACAAAGCAACRAACUGGUACAAGGACAAGAUGAAUCCAAAAGGACGAACAGAUACAGAGAAGGAAUACUAUGACAAACCAAAUCCUUUUGCGGACUUUGAAAUGUCUGAGCAAUUCUCAAUCGAAAAUCAGCAGGCAGCCACUGAUGAUCGCAAAGGGGGAUGUCUUUUCGUGGAAAGCAAGAACAAGAACACAUACGUUAAAGUUACUGGAUGUAAUGAAACUGACGAGAGACAGAUAUGGGCAUAUACUUUGAAAGGACAAUUAAUGAAUACCUGGACUCGUCUGUGUAUCGACACCAAUGGCGCUUCCGCCGGAAGUAAACUGAUUCAAACCACUUGUAAUCCAAGUCGAGACGACCAGAACUUCCAAUGCGACUUGGUAGUCAGAACAGUAAAGAGACGACGUGUUGAUAUGUGCUGGCAAACAGGUAGAGUUGGUCUAAACGGUCCAGGAUCUCUCGUUCAUCUUGGUUCUUUGAAGUGUAUUCACGUCUCAGGAGGUGGGCAUGGAGUACCAGGCGAUGGCACGAAGCUUGUCAUCCAUGCUGGCUGCAACGAGAAGAGGCUUGAGUUUGCACUAGAGAAUGGCAUCUUAGUCCACAAAGGAAGCGGUAAAUGCGUCGCGCCAAUUGGAAGAAUCUAUGACGGCGCAAGACUUGGUUUAUACAGUCAUUGUUCAGCACAUAAGUUUAGUUUCACGAAAGGAGGAUCACUACAACACGUUGGUAGCAGAAAAUGCAUCAAUGUCAAAUCACUGUCUGCAAAACCAGCAAAUGGCGAGGAUAUCAUUCUWCACAGYCACUGCGAGAAUACUGACCAAUCACUCGAGAAAGAAAGGCUACGAUUUAACUUUAUUCCAACUGAUCCAUACGUCAGACUUGCUAAAUGCACCGACUUUGGAAAUCCACGACUCGACCAGCGCUUUGAGGUCGAAGAUGAACCCAUUGCAACAGUGUGCUCCAAGUAUGCUAAAAAUAUUGCUUACAAGAAGAAGACUUAUCAAUCUAGCACGGCGUACAACGGGUACAGCGAUCGCGCCGUCGAUGAGAACUUCAACUCAGACUAUAAUCAAAAAUCUUGUACGCACACGAAAUCAGAGAACAAUCCAUGGUGGAAGGUCGAUCUCGGCUCUGAACACAUUGUUACAGACGUCCUACUCGUCAACCGCUACAAAAACUUCGAAAGACUGAAGAACUUUGACGUCAAAGUUGGUAUCCAUAGCGACCCGUCAAAGAACCCAACUUGCAAUGACAGAAUAGGGUCUGUAGGUCAAGGUCAGGGCCUCCGUGUGCAAUGCAAUCCACCAAUCCCAGGACGCUUCGUGGCAGUACAGAUGUACGGCAAAGGAAUCCUGACAUUAUGUGAAGUUUCGGUUUACUCUCGUCUAGCCCCACUUGCUGAUCUUUGUCAACUCGAAAACGGUAAAUGUAUGCACACAUGCUACAACCUCUGCAACUUGAAGACCAAGUGCGGUUGCUAUCCUGGCUAUACGAUGGCUUACGAUGGCAAAACGUGUGUUGAUAACAACGAAUGCCUAGUAAACAACGGCGGUUGUGAUAGGGCUAAAAGUAUCUGUUUAAAUACUCCUGGAAGCUACAUGUGCGCUUGCAAGGGAGGAUAUCAGGCCAAGGAGAACAAUAAAAACAUUUGCGAAGACUUCAAUGAAUGCCACAAGCAUAAUGCAGGAUGCGAACACAUCUGUGAAAACACAGAGGGAAGCUUCAACUGUAAUUGCUUGAAGGGUUACAAGCUGGAGAGCGAUAAGUACGGAUGCAAAGAUAUCGACGAGUGUGCGACCAACAAUGGCGGAUGCGCACACCAGUGUAAGAACUACGACGGUGGAUACUACUGCAAGUGUAAUACUGGCUACCGACUCAAACCUGACGACCAUGGAUGCGAAGAAAUUUACUGUCCAGCCUUGGAGGCUCCAUUCAAAGGUUCCGUGCAACCAUCAUUGUGUCUUGACGAGCGYGUAAACAUCAGACGUAAUACUUUCUGCACGUAUCAAUGCGAAACUGGGUACCAYCUUGCUAGAGGAGACAGAUCUUUGUCUUGUAAAAUUGAUGGUACUUGGGCUGGUAAAGUUCCAUAUUGUAAAGCUGUGGUUUGUCCCAAAYUAACUACACUAACCAACGGAGSAGUUGUACCCAGGUCCUGCUCUAUGCAAGAUGUCGAGCAUGGAAUACGAUGUGUGUAUCACUGUAAUCCUGGGUACGAGUUACGUGGUCCUCGUUACGUCUCCUGUAACAAUACAAAGUGGACUGAGAAUGCACCGGUCUCRUGCGUACGAGUAUACAACCAACCCUGGAUCCAGUGCCCAACCGAUGUCGUGGUCCAGCUGCCGCCUUCUAGUAACAGUUUCGUUCUUGGAUAUCGAUGGCGUCCACCAAAAACAAACAUGAAGAAAGUAGCCGUGUCACCGACUAACYUGAAYGAGAACUAUGCMUUCCCUGCAGGCAAAACACGUGUUAAAUGGACAGCAACCAAUCAGGAUGGAGUAUCAAAGAGCUGUUUCUAUUACGUCAUUGUUGAAGACAAGACUCCACCCACAGCCGUCAAUUGUCCUAGCAAAGAAAUCGUCGUCAAAGGCAGCAAUCACCUCAUUACAGUCUCCUGGACUGAGCCAACCUUCACGGACAACGUUGCCGUGGUUAUGACAAUGUCUAGCAAGAGGCCUGGGCACCAGAUGGAAAGAGAUACAUCCCUCAACGUCCGUUACACCGCUGUUGACGCCGCUGGAAACACUGCGCAUUGUGACUUCCGAGUCUCCGCUGAGGGAACCAUUUGUCCAAAAUUCGCUACACCACCAAAUAGUCGAAUCAUGCAGACUCCAAUGCUUCUCUUCUUAAAUUGUAACUUCAACUACUACUUUAAUCCCAAGCCAGAGGGAGCGAGAUCCUAUCAGAAUGUCGUAUACAACUGUAGGUUUGGCAAAUGGCAAAUCUACAACCAAGGAAAUUAUGUCACACUCACGAAAAUACCAGGGUGUGCAGGGUUCUCACUGCCUGAUGGGAAUGGAAAGUGUAAGCCUGGUUCGACCCUAGAAGACGGAAAAUGCAUGAACUGUGUCCAAGGAACUUAUCACGAGACGGUCAACGAUAACAAGUGUCUUGAAUGYCCAACUGGAACUUACCAAGAUGUCGAUGGAAAGACUGCCUGUCAGCCAUGCGCAAAGGGCUACACUACUAAGGGAGUUAGAAGCACCAAAGCCUCCGACUGUCUACCCCAAUGUCGUCCCGGCACCUACUCUGAUAAUGGCCUUGAAGAGUCAUUUUCACCCUGUCAAAAGUGUCCCAAGGGAACUUAUCAAAGCAAUGAGGGCCAAUCUAGUUGUACUCCAUGYCCAACUGGUAGUACUACAAACCAGGCCGGAAGUACGUCAUUGGAUAACUGCACAAUCCCCGCUUCAAUCAGCGAAACUUUCCCAGCCAAAGAACUGAGAGUCGAAGUCGGCAACGUGCUCAUCUUAGAAUGUUUUGUAAACGGACGACCUUCUCCGACUGUUACCUGGACUAAAAUUGGAGGUAACCAACCAAGCCCCGACCGCGUGGUAUCAUCACUCCUCUAUGACAUGAGCAUGACAGUWAUUGGCCGUGAUUACGUCAUCUCUAGUGCCCAGCUCUCCGACAGCGGUACAUAUAAAUGUCAYGUKCAAAAUUCACUGGGCAGUGCRUCUCAUCAAGUSCAGGUUAUUGUCCAGRCUCCUCAAACUGGUACCAGUAAAUAAAAAGAAAUAGUGUCUGUACAUGCUUUGAAAUAGAAACGAAAGACCGAUAGCCUUCAUGUAACCGUUUUUGAAAUAGUGGGAUCAUAAUAAAAUAAUCGACAAAGUCAAA